AUGUUUCUUCCAAGUGCUGUAAUCGCCUUGAAGUGUUACACGUGCUCUUACUCAAUGCUUGAACAGACACCUGAAAGUGAUUUUUUUUGCGCCAAUGAAUCAUUAACGAAAAUUAAUCGCGAUCUUACGACACGCACUUGCGCAUCACGGGAAAAAUUUUGCAUUACUACUGUGGAAACAUCAUUGAAAGCGUUUAGUGCAGUCACACGUACGUGUAUUGAUAAGUGCCGUGAAUCUUGUAAAUCAGAUGGUUACGGAACAAAUAUGGUCCGAUGUAGUAAUUGUUGCGCCGAUGAUUUCUGCAACGGAAACUAUUCCGUUCGUUACUAUAUGGAACUUAUGAAACAGCAACAUAUUUCAUGGUUUAAGCCAUCAGUGGGCGAAAAACUUUACAAUCGUAUGAAUAAUAUUACUUUUCCCUAUUAA